UUAUGGUCAGUUAAUGUGCGGAGACGGGGUCUAACUUUGUCGUGUAUUUAUGUUUUUAUUUUUAAUGAAAAUAUAAGAUUUUGAAAGUGUAUACUUUUGUAUUAUUCAGUUAAAAAUAUAUGCAAUCAAUUUAUUGUAAGUGUUCAUAAAAUAAGUGGUAAAAAUGCAUAGGCGAAGAGGUCCGAAUUUUACUUAUGUCAGCGGAUGUGUGAAAUACAUGAUUUUUGUUUUGAAUUUCGUAUUCUGGUUAUUUGGAGGUCUCAUGAUAGCUAUUGGACUUUAUGCAUUCAUCGAUAAAUGGCAGGCAACUGGACUAAUAAAGUUGGACACAAUUUACGAUGUAAUGUUGAAUAUAAGUCUGCUGAUCGCAUUACUUGGUGGUGUGGUCUUCAUUGUCAGCUUUGCUGGCUGUGUUGGUGCUCUGCGCGAGAAUACCUGCUUGUUGAAGUUUUACUCUCUAUGCCUGCUGAUACUUUUCCUGGUGGAGAUGGGCGGCGCUGUGUGCGGCUUUGUGUUCCCUCGCAGCCUUCACGGCCUGCUCGAGCUCAGCUUCACGGAGCGAGUGGUGCACGCAUACAGAGAUGAUCCUGAUCUGCAGAACUUUAUUGACUUCGCACAGAGUGAUUUCCAUUGUUGUGGUCUAACAUCUGACGGUUACAUGGAUUGGUCCAAGAAUGAAUACUUCAAUUGCUCGUCUCCAUCAGUGGAGCGCUGCGGUGUACCUUUCUCAUGCUGCAUCAACGCCACUGACAUCUCUUCGGGACUUGUCAACAUCAUGUGUGGCUACGGGGUACAAAAUUCACCUGUAGCGGAGGCGAGCAAACGUGUAUGGACGUCUGGAUGUAUCGAGAUAGUGCGGCUGUGGGCGGAGCGCAAUCUGUACAUGAUAGCGUCUGCCGCACUCGGUGUUGCACUCUCUCAGCUCUUCGUUAUCUACCUUGCCAAGACACUCGAGGGACAGAUCGAGUUGCAGAAAGCUAGAUGGCAAACAUGAAAUAGGGGUUAUGCAGGAGCGUACCGGGACGAGUCGAGGCGAGCUUUGCUGUAGCCUCGCCCGCCUUCGGGCACCGCUACCCUGCAUCUCUAGGGCUCCACAGAACCCAUACAUAGUGAACCAUAGACAAGUGUCAGUGAUCAGUGAAGCCAUGACCAUAGUGAAUAUUUGACAGGUCAUUGUCAUCAAUGACAGCUGUCAUACAUGUGUUUA